AUGUCCUCACCCGAGGUAUUGCUGCUCUUUUACAUGCCAGUGAAGAGCGUGGGGACAACGUUCGACUUAUUUAGGAAGAUUGUUUAUCAAGGGAAGAGGCAUCUAAACUCAACUUGUUCUGCCAUGUGUAGCCGCUGUUUUGGAGGCUGCGCCAAUGGACCUCUCACAUCUCUGUUGGAUGAUGAAGAUGUUGAUGCGGGAUUAGAGCCCAAGAUGGCGGAAGAUGAAAGAACGGAGAUUGUGAACACCACGAUUGACCCGAAUGUGAAGUUCCUGUUGAGACUAAAGCAAGACUGUGAUGACAGACGAAGACAACAACGACAAGAGCUUGUGUUUUAUACUGUUGAUGAAACAUGGUGCCCCACAGUGUUUGACGGUUGGGCCUGUUGGGAUGCGACGCCCCCUGGUACUCGUGCCACGGUACCUUGUCCUAAAUUCGUCACAGGAUUUGAUCCAUCACGGACGGCGUAUCGCAGCUGUCUACAGAACGGAACCUGGUUCAGACAUCCUUCUACAGGACGUCCUUGGUCUAACUACACUACCUGUGUGGACCUACAUGAUCUGGCGUUCAGGGAGAUUGUCAAUAAUCUCUACAUCACUGGAUACUCAAUCUCCUUUGCUGCUCUGAUCAUCUCUCUCAUCAUAUUCUUUACAUUCAGAAGUCUACGAUGUACCAGGAUAGCUAUCCACGUCCAUCUGUUCCUCAGUUUCGCUGGUAAUGACCUCGCGUGGUUGGUCUGGUACCACAAAGUGGUUGGAAACCCUUCAGUGAUCAGUCAGAAUCUAAGCUUCUGUCAAGUGCUGCAUGUCGUCAUACAGUACCUGAUGGUGGCCAACUACUUCUGGAUGUUCUGCGAGGGUCUCCACCUUCACCUCGCCUUGGUCGUCGUCUUCGUCAAGGACAACUGGGCGAUGAGGUGGUUCUACUUCCUGGGAUGGGGCGUUCCCGUGCUCAUCACUGCUCUAUACGCCAGCGUCAGAUAUCAGACGCCCGAAGAUACCAACCAAUGCUGGAUGAACGACAGCUACACUCAGUGGAUCCUGACAGUUCCUGUGUGUCUGUCGAUGCUCGCGAGUCUAGCGUUUCUUAUCAACGUUGUUAGAGUAUUGCUCACCAAACUCCACAUCAACUCUGCCAACCCCGCUCCUAUUGGUCUACGCAAGGCGGUCCGGGCAGCGCUCAUCCUUGUUCCACUCUUCGGCAUCCACCACAUCCUCAUCCCCUUCCGUCCAGAGCCACACUCCUCGUGGGAGAAGGUGUACCAGAUAUUCUCCGCCGUCAUGGUUUCAUCACAGGGGUUUUGCGUUUCUGUGCUGUUCUGCUUCGCCAACGUUGACGUCCACAGCGCCUUCAAGGCGGUUCUUCGAAGACUAAACCGGAGAAAUGCGGCUCACGAAAACCUGACAAUGGCCACGCAGACAAGAGAGGUUGUCUGAAAAAUGGUUGUCCCCAGUCGUCUGAUGGAGGCGUUUGUCUGACAUCUACAGCGGCCUCUUGCUACACGCAGACAAGAGAGGUUGUCUGAAAAAUGGUUGUCCCCAGUCGUCUGAUGGAGGCGUUUGUCUGACAUCUACAGCGGCCUCUUGCUACAC